CGCACGUCAAUUUCUCUCUUCUCCAACGAAGUUAGCAGCUACUAGUGCACGUCAGACUUCUCUCUUCUCCAACGACGUCAGCAGCCACCGGCACAUGUCAGCCUUCUCUCUUCUCAAAGUUUCCAGUUUCCAGCUAGUGUCCAAGCUUCCUCUUGCUUCAGCCAGAGUUCAGCUUGAGGGGAAUGCUCUACAGGGCUAUCAACAGGUGAUGGCCAUGAUGCAACAGGCAGGUGGCUUCAUGCCAUUUGCCUAUCCUGGUAUGACGCCGCCAAUUAUGCCACCUCCGGUGUCGACCCCGUCGACAUUUGUCCCUAGGAUGGUCCCUAUACAUCCGGUGAAUUUGACGGGGACUUUGAAUGAAGCAGCGCCCUCAAAUGUCCAUGAAAUCAAUGAGGCGGAGCAGGAGGCGGCCCGCAGGAAGAAGGGUAAGGCUAUAGCCGAACCCAGCAAGACUCGAGAUUCGGCAUUCAAACGCCUAGGGGGCAAAGAGGAUGGACCCCGCAAGUCUGCCAAGCUACGUCUUGGUCCUGAGAUGGGCCGGACUAGCGCAAUGGAAAGACUUGGCGGGGGUCGUCACGCCCAAUCUCGUCGUUCUAGGGAAUCUGAGACGAUUCACCAAGACGAGGAGGAAGCAGAAAGCCAGCCGAGGGCGGAUCUGCCCAGGACGGGGGGAGAUCAUAAUGACCCUUUGGUUAUUACAAUGGAUAUCAAUGGAGCUGAUGUGGCCAGGGUCCUGGUUGACACAGGAAGCAGUGUCAAUGUUCUAUACUUGGAUGCUUUCAAGAAAUUGAAGCUGGACAGGUCCAUGUUGAGACCGUUGCAAACUCCAUUGUCAGGCUUCACUGGAGCUAGCAUAGAAGCGGAAGGUCAGAUCACCUUACCAGUUACCUUGGGGUCGGGUAACAAAACAGUAACCAAGCAAAUGAGAUUUGUUGUGGUUAAUAUCAAGUGUGUACAUAAUGCCAUUCUUGGUAGACCUGGGAUCAACCAGGAAGAAGAACCGGCUAGGGCUAUCACAGAGCCUUGGUGGUCCAUGUCAGUAGAUGGAGCCUCUGGACCGAAAGGUUACGGGGGAGGUGUAGUAUUCACAACUCCAGAAGGGUUCAAGGUAUAUCAUGCCUUGAUCUUCAAUUUCAAGCUCACAAACAACGAGGCUGAGUGUGAGGCAUUGAUAGGGGGUCUGAGAUUGGCCAAAACCCUACAAAUCACAUGUCUCAGGAUCAAAUUCGACUCAAGCUUGGUGGUAGGCCACAUCAAUGGCAACAUGGAGGCCAAAGGAGAGAAGAUGCAGAAAUACAGAGACUUGGCAAGGGCAUUAUUGAAGGAUCUGACUGAGUAUGUGAUGGAGCAAAUCCCUAGAGGGAAAAACACCGAUGCUGACUUGCUAUCAAAAUUGACGCAAGCAGCCCCGGAGCAUGUGUCCAAGCUGGCUAGGAUUGAGACGCUGGAGAAAGCCAGCAUUGAAGGGUUUUCUGUCAGCACGAUAGAAGAAGGUGGACAGCCCAAUCCAGAUCGAGUGGAGCCAGAUAAUAUUUGGAUAGAUGACUUGGUCAAGUAUUACAUGACCGGGCAAUUCCCUGAGGAUGAGGACAGGGUGCGAAAAGUAAAGUUGAGGGCUCCAAGAUUCCAAAUGCUAGAUGGAAGGCUAUACAAAAGGGCGUUUGGUGGUCCGCUGCUGAGAUGCUUGACCAGGGCGGAGGCGGAAAGAGUGAUCGCCGAAGUUCAUCAGGGUGUCUGUGCAGCCCACCAAAUGUCCAGGACACUCGCACAAAGGAUCAUCUUGCUAGGUUAUUUCUGGCCUACAAUGAACCAAGAUUGUGAAAAAUAUGUGCAAAGGUGCAAGACUUGCCAGGUGUUCUACAAGUUUCCGGGAAGGCCUGCGACAUAUUACCAUCCAGUUUCCAAUGUUAUUCCAUUCGUAAGGUUUGGGAUGGACAUCAUUGGAGCCUUCCCCCAUGAACAAGGGAGGAAGAAGUAUGUCAUGGUUGCUAUCGACUACUUCACAAAAUGGCGGUUGGGUGAGGCAGGAACAAAUUGGCUAGAGGAGUUGCCACAUAUCAUCUGGGCUUACCGAGUCACUUCGAGAAGGGCCACCGGGGAGACACCUUUCGUCCUUACUUAUGGAUGCGAGGCCAGACUACCCAUUGAAGCAAAGAUAAUGACCUUCCGGGAAAAGGUCUAUGAGGAGAAAGGGAAUGAGGAGGACCAUUUGGCAGAGUUGAACUUGUUGGAGGAAAGGCGGAUGGUCGCUGAGGCUAAAAUGAUAGAGUACCAGCAAGCAGCCAAGGCCUACCAUGAUAACAAGGUAGGGCCUCGUUAUUUCCAAGUCGGUGAUGAGGUCCUGAGACGAAGGGAGGCCAGCAAACCGGGUGAUGGUGGAAAGCUUGCAAGGAAAUGGGAAGGUCCAUAUAGGGUCACAGCAAUAUUACGCCCUGGGACAUACAAGUUAGAAACAAUGGAAGGUCGAGAGUUGGAAAGGUGCUGGAAUUCCCACCACCUUAGAAAAUUCUACCGAUAGACCAAAUUGGCAGGGCAUGUAUUUAUAAUACCCCUUCGAUGAUAAAUAAGAGAUUUCUUCAAUACUUGUGUUGCUGGGUCAGUAAUACUAAACUAAUGUCUUGAUG